ACCAUAUAGUCUUGUUUUUAUUUAAUUAUUUUUAUUUACAGAGCGCAGCCGGCAGACCCGACCGCCUCCCCCAAUAAAGCAGCCAAAGAGCCAAUAAAAAGGCAGGGUAUAGAAACACACUCACAAAUGAAUUAGCAAAGAACACCCCAUUAGGAGAAAAUGGACUUGUUCAUUCUUUCUCUUCCUCUCUUUGCUAUUGCUCUCUACUAUCUCUAUUGUGCUUGGAAACCCAGAAAUUCCAAUACAAAUAAUGAAAAGCUUCUUUCUCUACCACCGGGUCCGAAAUGUUGGCCUAUCAUCGGCGAUAACCUUAACUAUAUUUUCGGAUCCCAAAAGGGUGGUCAGGAUAAAUUCUUCGAACAAAGGACCAACAGCUACUCUCACAAGCUCUUCAAGACGAAGUUGUUCAAUGAAGAUAUGCUCUUCUUCUGCACCGCAGAGGGAAAUAAGUUCGUCUUCUCCAACGAGAACAAGCUUGUUAAAUCAUGGUUUCCGAAAACCUUCGAGAAAAUCUUCGCCGCCCCCAACAGUUCGUCGGUGAUAAGGGACGAAAUAAAAAUAUUCCGCAAAGUUGUUGUCCAAUUUCUCAAGCCUGAGUCGCUGAAAAAUUAUGUGGAUAUCAUAGACUACGAGACCCAGAAGCACUUGAAGACGUGCUGGGACGGCAAAAAAGAACUAACGGUGUUCCCGCUGAUGAUUAGCUACACCAUCGGAUUAGGUUUUCGACUCUUCUUGAACACCGAGAUCGACCCGAAAGAAAAAGAAAUACUUGAUCACCAAUUUCAUGAUGUUUCCCGUGGGUUUUUUCCGGUGUUUCCUUUUGAUCUUCGCGGAACGAAACUUAAUGUAGCCAUCAAAGCAGCCAAGCAGAUCACCAAAGUUGUUGAGAAGAUAGUAAAGCAAAGGAGGAAAGAGAUUUUGGAAAACAAGGCCGCCUUUGAGGAUGCUCAUGACGUUUUAACCUACUUGCUCAUGGAGGCCAACGGCAUCUUAUUUAAAAACGACUACGACAUUGCCAAGAAACUGUAUGGCUUUGUCAAUGGUGCAAAUGGAAGUUCAAGCGCUUUGAUUUCUUCUAUCAUGUUCUAUCUUGCAGAUCUUCCUCAUGUUUACGACCGGGUUCGCCAAGAGCAAAUGGAGAUUGCAAAUUCAAAAGCACCAGGAGAGCUGUUGAACUGGGGGGAUAUACAAAAGAUGAAGUAUACUUGGAAUGUGGCAUGUGAGGUUAUGAGACUGGCUCCACCCAUUCAAGGAAGUUUCAGAGAGGUCCUUACUGACUUUGUCUAUGAUGGAUUUCGUAUCCCAAAAGGAUUCAAGAUACACUUAAACGCCUUUGCAACACAUAAAAACCCGAAAUACUUUCCAGAUCCGGACAAGUUUGACCCAUCCAGGUUUGAAGGAAAUGAACCAGUUCCAUUUUCAUACAUCCCAUUUGGAGGAGGACCUCGAAUGUGUCCCGGAAAAGAGUAUGGUCGUUUGAAUGUACUGGUUUUCAUGCAUAAUAUAGUCAAAACUUACAGAUGGGAAAAGGUGAUCACGGACGAGAAAAUUACAGCCAACCCACAUUCAGCUCCCAGCAAAGGCCUUCCUAUUCGCCUUUAUCCGAUCAAUUAAAAAUCAUAAUUCUGCAUUUGGAAUCGUCAAGUUGCUAGCAUGCAGGACAACUUAUAUAUGCUCAUGUGUUUCCAGAUUUUUCUUGAACGUGUUUAUUUAAUGCUAAUAACAUAUUUAUGCACUUCUGUAUUUUUUUUCAAAAAAGUUUAUUUAAGUGGGUUGUCCCGCGUGGUGGCGACUGAUAAAUGCAAUAGUUCAAAUUAAUUAUUAGUGCUCGAUGGCUUGAUGUUAUUUUAUGUGAAAUUACAAGAAUACCCCUCUUAGUUGAA